ACAAUAUUGUCGAUAAAACGAGUAGUUGGAGCUGUUUGUGUUUAUUUGCGGACCGGACUUCAGUGUUGUAUUUGAAGUAACAGGUAUGGCUGGGACAAGUGUUAUCAAAGCUGUACCAUCUCAUGACCUGCUCAGUGAACUGCGAGCAUUCCUUGCAGGAGCAACCAGGUCAGUGAAGACAAAUCCAUUAGAACUUGCACGCAGAGCACUGUCAUUACUGAAGACUCUACCAGCUACAAGGGAUGCUGUGCUUGAAUACUUUUGUACGUUAUUUGAAGGUUCAGUUUCCAAAUACAUGAGUGAAACUGCAGCAGGGCAGAAGACAGAUCAAAAUCAUGGAACCCCAUCAGGCAUCACAAGCCAGGAAGAUGCUACAAUAUCAGAAAUCCAUGAUGUCUUGUGUAACUUCGUGAGUUCAAAUCCAGAAGCUUGGGCACCUAUAAUAUCAGCUUGGGCUCUGCAGUUGCUUGGUGAUAUAUCAAGUCGUUACCCAAACAUAUCACAGCUGUCAAUGUCAGCUGGCUUGAAUGAUACUUUGCAGCUGUGGAUGUCUUGCUGUGCAACACGAUCACUUCUUGAUAUUAUUACACAAUGCUUAUCAUGCCUUAUGCAUUCCAACAUAGAAGACUGCAUUAAUGCUUUGCUUGAUACCAGUGUUGCUCACAGACCUCACUUUGAUUGGGUUGUUGCUCAUGUUGGAAGUUGCUUUCCUCAUACUGUUAUUACCAAAGUUCUCUCUUGUGGUUUGAAAGAUUUUUGUCAACAUGUAUCUGCUGAUGAGGGCGUUAAGGCUCCAAAACUAAAUUCUGUUGUUGGUAUCCUUGGUCAUCUGGCUGGCAGCCAUUUUGCAGAUAUUCGAACUGCUCUUUUGGAGCUUUUUAAGUGGAGUUUGGAACCUGGAGGGGCAGAUGAGGCCCCACAGAGAAAUGCUACUGUGCCUUUCCUCGUUCAGCUGGCAUCCCUGUCUCCUGUUCUGCUCCGAGCUCUGACCACAGAUGUUCUGCAGACAUUGACUCCAGCUAUGCUGCCGCAGUUGGCAAUGUUGGCCCCUGACUGGUGCAACUAUUUUGGGAGCCGUGAGGCCCUGGAAGACCUGGUGAUACAUCUGUCAUUACGCUGUGAGAAAGGAGGCACACAGAUACUUAAACUGUUAUUGGAUGCUGCCUCACCAGAAGUGAAACCUGAGAACAUAGAGCAAAGUAGAACAGUGCAAAAAUGUAGCAGGGACCUUUUAGAGUUACUAUUGCGUGAGAUAGACAUACAGCUACGAAGCACGGAGCCGGGUAACUGCACUAUUGAGUUGUUGGAGUCUCUCAGGAAAGAUUUGUCAAUGAUUAAACCAUUACUUCUUAGUAGAGACAUGCUUCGUAUGCAGACUGCUGUGAGGCUUUUAGGGUUGCUUGGUUAUCAUCGCCAAAAUGUACUUGUCAGCUCAGCUGCUUAUCUGCUGCAGAAGGCAACAACAGACAACCAGUUAGCUGCCUUAGUGAGACUCAUAACUGGAAGAAUAAUAACUGUUUCUCCUUCAUCAUAUUCAGAUCUGGAUGCCAGUGAGGGUAUUAAUUGUGAGUAUUUUGCACAAGCAAUGGAGCAAGCAAUAUGGACGACGUCAUGCACAUUGAAACUGGAAAGCAGUUUAGCUGAACAAGCAGAUCCAGAACAGUUGUGGAUAAAUAUUGCAAAGCUGUUGAGGUGGGAGAAAAGUGGAAAAUCACCAUACCUGAGAUGUGGACUUGUGUCUAGAGCAUUGCUGUCCAAUUUGUCUCAGGCUGCUCAGUUACUUGUCAGUCCACCAUCCAUUGCUGCAGCCCAUUCACUGGCAGCUGCACUCCAGCUGCUGCCUUUGCCAACACAUGACGUUUUACAGCUGGCACGUGCUACAGUUUCAUAUUUCUUCAUCUGCAUCACUGAACCUGAUCCAGUAAAACAACAGAGUGGGACAGAAAUUUGUUGUCAACUCUUCUCUCACAUGUCAGUGAACAGUGCACCAGCUCGAGUGUUGGCACUAAGGCAGCUGGUUGAAGAGUCUCUUUUUAGUACUAAAUAUGCAUAUCUCUUUGGAGCUCCAUUAGAAUCUGGCUGCCCAGUGCAGGAAGAUAUUAGUUUAUUGGAUGAACACCACAAACAGGGCACAACAGCACUUGUGGUACAACGUCGAUCAUCCUUAUUCCAUACCAACAACCAGACGAAAGCACAGCCAGAUCCAGAUGCCUGUCUUUCACCAGAUGUAGUAGCCAACAACACUUGCUUGCUAAUUGAGGUCAUCAAAGCAUGCUGUGCAAACCCAAAUGUUGCCAAAGCCCAGGAUGGUAAUCAACUGCCUGUGCAACAUCCUAUUUCUCUAGAGGCUGUAACCAGUAUCGCCCUGCUGCUUGUAGAACUAAUAUCGCCUGAUGUAAUGUACAACGGUUUGCCGUGGCCAGAGGAGGACUUUUGUAAAGUGACAGUGGAACGUGAUCUACACAUUCGACGUGUUUUCGAAGAGCGACCUUUGGCAUGGGUGCUUGCCCGCUUCACUGCACAGCACCGACCAGCAUUGUGCUACUGCUCUGUGUUACUCCGUGCGCUAACAGCCACACUACUUUCUCAGUGGAGUGGGAGUGGAGGGACGGAGGUGCGACGACCUGCAAUUAUUGCAACUACAGUACGCCUGCUUGAACUGAUGUCCUUAGGCCAGCUUCUUCCACCACCACUGUCUGCUUUAGGUGAUGUUGUGACACGUGUCCGCUCCCAUGAGGUUGUACAAUUAUUGCGAGACUGCGUGUGGAACUACAUGCGUGACCAGGUACCAUCUCCUGCUCUUUUCACCCAAGAUAGCACUGGACUUAUGUGGAGGGAUCCUACACUUUCUACACCUGGACCUCAGUAUACCAGCACGCUGAGAUUCAUAAUACAGAGCAAUAUAGAACAGCUUGGGAGCCUCCAUGCUCAGUUGUUCCACACCACAUCACAAGAAGAAUAAUAAUAACAUGCAAAAAAUAUAUGUUGGUGCCUUCACUCCUCAAUUUUGUAAAAUGUUGUAUAUUUUGUACUUAUCUACUGUGUAGACAAAGUGUUUUGUAUUCCUCUAUCAUUACAUGAAAGUGUUCUAUGUGUAGAUAAUUGGAAGUGUACUAUAGGUAUACUUAAUAUUUUGCUUACUUUUAAUAUAUUUUCAACAAUG